AUGAGUUCGAAAUUCAUAAUCGAUAGUAUGCUACCUAAGUACCACCAGCAGUUCCAUCAUCAACAGUUGUUCUCGAGCGCGAACCCCGGUACGAUCCAGGCGUGUACCACGAGUCCGGCCACCGCAAGCCUUGAAUCGAGUUUAUCCGCGGCUGCAGUUGCGGCCGCGGCAGUGAAUUACGCGCAACAGCACAAUUCGCCCAGCCCGACGGGCUCGAGUCCCCAGCACUCAGGAAGUUCGGCCUCUACGUCACCGGCGGCACGCACCACCUCUAGCAUGUAUCCCUACGUAUCGGCGGCAGCGGCGCACCAUCAUCACCAACAACAACAAGCGGUCGCGGCAGCGGCCUUCGGUGCCACGUCCAGCAUGGUGCCAGGCUUCGGUUCCAGCGCGGCUUCCAGCGCCGCGUUGGCCGCGGCCGCGGCCGUCGAUGCCGCCACCGCCGGCGACAAGUCUUGCCGCUAUACCGCCAGUCUUACCGGAAAUGUCGCACCAACCUCCGCCGAUCCCAUGGUAAACUAUACCCUUGGUCAUCAUCAUCAGAACGGUGCUACACCCGGUAGCCUGGUCUCGUCCGCGUCGGCCUCGUCCGCCGUGUCCGCUGCCUCCGCCUCCAUGGCUGCUGCUGCACAAUUCUAUCAUCAGGCCGCCGCUGCAUCGGCCGUCGUUGAUCCCUUGACGUCCUGCCAACAACCCACCACCGGACAACCCGGCAUCUCGGACAUACCUCGAUAUCCAUGGAUGUCCAUCACCGAUUGGAUGAGCCCGUUCGACAGAGUCGUGUGCGGCCCGAACGGCUGUCCGAGGCGCAGGGGUCGACAGACGUACACACGGUUCCAGACCCUGGAGCUGGAGAAGGAGUUCCACUUCAACCAUUACCUGACGCGACGGCGGCGAAUAGAAAUCGCGCACGCCCUCUGCCUGACGGAACGACAGAUCAAGAUCUGGUUCCAGAACCGGCGGAUGAAGCUGAAGAAGGAGCUGAGGGCGGUGAAAGAGAUCAACGAGCAGGCCAGGCGGGAGCGGGAGGAGCAGGACAUGAUGAAGAAGCAGCAGGCGGAGAAGCAGGCUAAGAUGCAGCAGGAGCAGCAGAACGCCGCUCUGCAGCAUCAGCAACAGCAUCACGUAAGCGGUCUCGACAAGACGCAGAGCGAUCUUCUGAAGGCGGUCAGUAAGGUGCCCACAUAG